GUUUGCAGAAGCCGUCUCCAAAUGCCACGAUGGACAAAAUACAAAAUUCCACAGUUUUAAAUAAGACAAAGUAUGGUUUAAGUGAGGCAAAUCCACAUUUUCAUGAGUCACACGACUCCAGGUGUACUGUCAGAGAAGACUCCCUCACAGGCCGGACAGGAUCUUUGACUGAAAUGGACAGUUUGUCAGAGCUCUUUUCUACUGAGGACACUGAAUUGUCUGACACCUCUGUUUCACAGAACACAAGAAGAAAAGUCCCUGAUGACCACGGCAUGCCAUAUGAGAGUAAGCGAGGAGCAGCAUCCAUCCGGAGCCCAUGUUUUGUGGAACAGGAGCCAACGCCUCUGCAGGUCCAGCUGCAGUCCUCUGAAGAGAUUUGCACAAUUCCUGAAGCCAGCCAGUCAGUCACGGUGAUCAGGAAUCAGGGCAGCCAGAGAACCAUCUCCACUCGCACAGAGGCAGAUGGAAGUGAUCUUUGUGCAGCGGUCCUGCUGGCCUGCCUGUUCUGCCGCCCACUGGACUGUCUGCUGGCCACAUUCAGAGCCUGCAAUGGCUGCAUCUGGUCCUUCUCUUCAUUCCUGUGUGGCUGUGAGCCCUCUGCCCUGCAGCCUCUCCAAGGCGUCAUCCAAAGCUUCAGCCUAUGCGGCUGUCCUGGUAUUCGCAGCUUGGUGUGCACUCCAUGUAACAUCUGCCUUCAGGCCACAGAGUGCCUGGACCUUGCGAUGGAAAUCUCUCAAAUGCUGUACCACUAACAGAACGCGACCAAAUAUGAAGCGACAAGAAACCAUUUAUUUGAUAGAGUCUUCUGGAAGCCAGUCAGUGGGAACAGGCGUGCUACAUGUAUUAACAGUCGAUGUUAGCACUCUUAUCACUUUACAGAGUCCUUGCAUAUAACAAGACAAAGCUGACCAUAGGUGCUUUGAAUGGGGGAGUAAAAACAACAUAAUCAUCAUCUGCCUCUUAGAGAAGUACAGUGUUAAAAAAAAACAAUAAAAAUUAUGCAUGUGCUUUUGCAAAACACAUCCAUUUACUGUACAUAAGGUCCUUUAAAAGCAUCAGACAAAAAAACAAAACACUAAACUCUUUAUUUAAUAGAACGAUUGUAUUGCAGUUUCCACUCAAAUAGUCAUUAUUAUAUUAUAAAAGGGAGGUGAGACUAGUGGUUUCAAGGAGUCCAAUAUCAAAUUUAUACUUUAUGCAACAGUUAUGCAUUGUCAGCUAUCUAAUCAAAAAUCAAAAACCAAUCAUAAAACAUGACGACAGUUAAAAAUCAUCCAGCGAUAGAUAAAAUGAGACAAACGAUCACUGACAAAUACAGAUAUUAGUUAUGAAAAAGCAAUUAUCAAAUGAUCAGAUAUUUAAAAAAAAAAGUAUAACAUUGUUCUGCAUUUUCCACCACAGAAUGCAUUUCAAAAUGAAAUGAUUUGCUAUUUUUUUUCGUAGCUACUCUUGAAGAAUUUCUGCUUUGGCUCACUAGCUGCAGCAGCAAUUUUUUUAUUUUCCCUACUUGUCAGCUUGAUGACAUGAAAACUGGACCACAGCGCUCUGUUGCGUUAUAGUAAAAUAAACAAAAGCUCUCAUAAAAUGCAUAGACUGUCACGAAGUAAGGUGCAAGGAAGUUGCUGAAAAUAUAAAAUUCUUAUUUACAACUUGUGGUGAAUGUGUUCACAUGCCAAUUCACUUUAUUACGA